AAAAUCAAAGGUGAUUUGUUAAGAUUUAGUUAGUGGAAACCGUUUUCUCCCGAAAUGGAAAUAGAAUCGCUAUUCUUCCCUCUUAAUGAAACGCUAGAAAGCCUUGGAACAGAAGUUCCAUUGUGAAUUUUAAAAGGUUUUUCUUUAAUUGUGAGACUUGUCUUUUGUUACAAUUGUCUCGAUGAGUACGAAAAAAUAUGAAUUAAAAAAUGAUUUUGAUGAGUAUUGAAAAUAUGAUGAGUUGCCUGUGGAACAAGUACUGUCAGCGAUAAAUUCUGGUACCAAACAUGAAAUUUAGCCCAAAACUUUUUUUAUUAAUAAGGUGUGUGUUCGCGCUAAAAUUAUAGAGCGGUAGUCUCCUUCCUCAUUAAGCAUAUACUUUCGUUAAUUCAAUUCAAGCUGUUUUGAAACUACGAAUCAGCGAUUUUAUUGCAGGAUUAAAAAUGUUUUGCUCAUUUAAUUACUGAUGGGCGUUGGGUUUGCCAAAGAGUUGUGGUAAUUAAUAUUGUUUCUUUUUAUUAUUUACAUAUCUAUUAAGUACCAAAUCACCAAACUUAAAAUCAGAAACAUAACGGAAAACUUCGAAAAAUAAUACAUAUAUUUUAUUUUUAUUGAUUUAUUGAAAUUGACUUCGAUAAUGAAAUGCCAUAAAAAGGAAGAAAUAAAACUGAUACAGCAUUUUAUUUUUAUUGGUCUGUUUUGAAUUUGGUUUACAAUACAAUCGCAUUAAAAAUAAAAGUAAAUUUUCAUUACUUAAAAAUGUAUUUCUUAUUUAUUCUAGCAAUACUUGUAAAGUUAAGUGCGAAUAAGGCUCCUAGCCGUGGAGACUUGAGGGUGUAUAAAGGUGGGUACGACACGCAUAAUGAGUUCCCGUUCGCUGUGCUUUUGCAAAGGAAGCACCCUCCGGCCAGGUUUUGUACCGGCAGCCUUAUAGCGGAAGACUGGGUCCUCACAGCAGCCCACUGUGUUCAAAUUUCUGUGUUACUUAUGGUCAUCAGAUAUGGAGACUUCACAAAGCCGGCAAACGAAACGAAGUUGUAUUCAAGCGUGAUCAAAAUAUACGCUCACCCUUCCUACAAUCAAAUAUUUGCGUUAAAUGAUAUAGGCCUAAUUUUCAUUGAAAAAAUACCCAGAAAGAACCAUGCAAAACUGCUGGCGGUCGAUUAUAAAACUUUGAUCGGAUUACAUGUUAAAUACGCUGGUUUUGGAUAUAUAUUCAAGCAUUUGUUUGAGAAGAAUUCGGAAGAAAAAAGGAAAACCGAAUUAAAUUCUCUUAAAACUGGCGAAGGCAUUGUAACUCGUUGUGAAAUUUAUUAUGCGACUUUCAACGUGUUAUGUAUAGCGCCGAAGUGUUCGAACAAGAAGCAGCAGGCCCGCCCGGGGGACUCCGGAGGGCCGCUGGUGUAUGAUGGGCGAGUCAUUGGAGUAGCUAGAAGUAUUUCAUUUUUCAAUCCUAUUUCACAUUAUACUCCUGUAAGCCUAUAUUUAGAAUGGAUUCAAAACACCAUACGCUUUAAUGAUGAUGAUAAAGUAUGAUUAUAAAGUUUCCCCAAUUAGGUUAUCCCAG